GUGCUCACUGUGUCCUCCAGACACACUGAAACACCGAUCGUCAGACGGGACCUCUAUGCGAGGUCCCGAUCAUGUGAUCAUUGAUUGGCCAGUCAGUGAUCACAUGCAGAGUAGUAAGCAAUAUGUCACUUCUGACACCAUUGCUUACUACGUGUCCCGUACAGCGCUCCCAAUCCAAAAUGGUGGGCACCAUUUAUGAAUGGAAACCCGCCUCUGGACUGCCACCGUCCAGCCGUUUAUAUACAGCGGCCGGACGGGAAGUGGUUAACUCAAAUUCUGGCUUCUGUUGU